AUGGAAUACACCACUAUUUCUUCUUCGAACUCCACACAUAAUUUCCAGAGGAAGAUUGCCCUAAUAGGAGCCAGAAAUGUCGGCAAAACUACUUUAACUGUUCGCUUCGUUGAAUCGCGUUUCGUUGAGUCCUAUUAUCCUACUAUUGAAAAUGAAUUCACCAGGAUAAUUCCUUACAGGAGUCAUGACUGUACACUGGAGAUUCUCGAUACUGCAGGUCAAGAUGAAGUUUCCCUAUUAAACAUGAAAUCUUUGAUGGGUGUACAAGGGAUAAUACUAUGCUAUAGUAUAGUAAAUCGCGCUAGCUUUGAUCUCAUUCCUAUCCUCUGGGAUAAACUGGUAGAACUUCUGGGUAAGGACAACCUCCCGGUAAUACUCGUAGGUACCAAAGCUGAUUUGGGAAGAAGUGCAAAAGGUGAAAAGAGGUGUGUCACAAAAGCGGAGGGGGAGAAACUAGCUUCGACAAUUGGAAGUCAAGAUAAGAGGAACCAGGCAGUGUUUAUAGAAUGUAGUGCCGAGCUAGACUAUAAUGUUGAAGAAACUUUCAUGCUUCUUUUGAGACAAAUGGAACGUGUCGAAGGAACUCUGGGCCUUGACGCUGAUAACAAUAAUAAAUGUUUUAUAAUGUGA